AUCACCAUUGAGACCACGUUUCAAAGCUCGUCGAGAAGAACGGACAUCCACCUCCCGCUAUCUCCGCCCCGUCCUCCACGCAAACCCUAGCAAUGGCUGGUCUCGGCUUCAAUCUUCCAAUCAGAGAAGGAAUGAGACCCAUUGCCCCUCUCGCAAGGCUACUCUGUUCCCACGAUGACCACCCAACGAGGGACCAUGGAGGUGCUCGCCGAGAAGGCGAUGUUGCUGCGAGAGUCCUUGCAGAAGAGCCAGUCUAACACUGAGAGCAUGGUAGCCAUUCUUGGCUCCUUCGAUUACCGCCUCUCUGCUCUCGACACCGCCAUGCGCCCCACCCAGGUGCGGACGCGUUCUAUUAGGAUGGCGCAUGACAAUAUCAACAAGACGCUGAAGGUUGCUGAGGUUAUCCUUGCUCAGUUCGAUCUCUGUCGGCAGGCUGAGGCCAAGAUACUGAGAGGGCCGCAUGAAGACCUUGAGAGUUACUUGGAAGCUGUUGAUCAGUUGAAAAAAAUUGGCUAUUUUUUCAGCUCCUAUAAGAGCUUAAUGAGCAGGGAAGGAGUGCUUAACCAUAUCAAUGGUUUGCUGGCUAAAGCCAUUCUGAAGCUGGAGGAGGAAUUCAAGCUGCUUAUGUCUAGUUACAGCAAACCUGUGGAGCCUGACCGCUUGUUUGAUUGCCUUCCAAACUCUUUACGUCCAACACCUGCAGAACAUUCAGGUGAUAUAGGUAAAAUCAAUGCAGGUGCAAGCAAUGCGGAGAAUCAGUCUAAAAGCUUGGAGAAUGGCAUUUACAAGCCUCCAACUCUCAUUCCUCCAAGGAUAGUGCCUCUGCUGCACGAUUUAGCUCAGCAAAUGGCUCAAGCUGGUCGCCAUCAGCAAUGUCUAAAGAUCUAUGGGGAUUUUCGUGCUUCAGCCUUAGAACAGAGCCUCCGGAAACUUGGUGUGGAGAGACUGAACAAAGAUGAUGUUCAGAAGAUGCAAUGGGAAGUCCUAGAGGCCAAAAUUGGGAACUGGAUUCAUUUCAUGCGAAUUGCUGUCAAACUGCUAUUUGCUGGCGAAAAAAAAAUUUGUGAUGAAAUCUUUGAUGAUGUUGAUAACAAUCUCAAGGAACAAUGUUUUGCUGAUGUCACUGCGAACAGCGUUACUACUCUGCUUAGCUUUGGAGAGGCUAUUGCCAAAAGUAAAAGAUCACCAGAAAAGUUGUUUGUGCUUCUAGACAUGUAUGAAAUAAUGCGAGAGCUUUAUGGGGAGAUGCAAACCAUUUUUGAAGGAAAAGCUUGUUUUGAUAUGCGGGACUCUGCUCUUUAUUUGAUUAAACGCUUGGCCCAAACUGCCCAAGAAACCUUUGGUGAUUUUGAGGAGGCGGUCGAGAAAGACGCAUCAAAAACAACUGUUCUUGAUGGCACUGUCCACCCCUUGACCAGCUAUGUUCUUAAUUAUGUAAAAUUUUUAUUUGACUAUCAAACUACACUGAACUUGCUUUUCAAGGAGUUUGACACUGGGAAUGAAUCAGAUUCACAACUAGCUGUUCUGACAACACGAAUAAUGCAAGCUCUCCAAACAAAUUUGGAUGGCAAAUCAAAGCAAUACAAGGACCAGGCUUUAACCUCUCUAUUCCUUAUGAACAACAUCCAUUACAUGGUCAGAUCUGUGCGCAGGUUCGAAGCAAAGGAUAUAUUGGGUGAAGACUGGGUUCAAAGACACCGAAGGAUUGUACAACAACAUGCUAAUCAAUACAAGAGGGUUGCAUGGGCUAAGAUUCUGCAGACCCUCACUUUUCAAGGUGCGCCUUCUGGUGGUGGCAGUGGUGUAGGGGGUAACGAUUCAGGUGGUACCAGCGGAGUCUCAAGAGCGACAGUAAAAGACCGGUUCAAAUCUUUCAAUGUCCAAUUUGAGGAGCUCCAUCAAAGACAGUCCCAAUGGACAGUACCUGAUCAAGAACUCCGGGAGUCCUUGAGGCUUGCCGUCGGUGAAGUCUUAGUACCUGCCUAUCGAUCUUUCCUGAAACGUUUCGGGCCAAUGAUCGAGAGCGGGAAGAACCCAGUGAAAUACAUCCGGUACACCCCAGAAGACCUCGAUCGAAUGUUAGGUGAAUUUUUCGAAGGAAAAGUAUGGAACGAACCGAAACGCUAACCAAACCAUACUUGAAUUAUCUCCAAUUU